CGCUUCUGUUCCACAGCAGGCUCGUCUUCUCUGCUACACCUAUAAGGGAAGCAGCAGCAACCCGCUCAUGCGCACUCCGGUUGUUUUUCACAAAGCUAGUCUUAAGUGAGCUGGCAGGCUGCAGCCAGCCCGUCUUUGUACAGAGACCACAGAGCUGGGUAGUAGCUGUGAACAGCAUCUAGUGCUGUUACUUUUUAGCAAUCCCAAUGAAGUGUUUGUAGAGAAUACACUGAUCCUGCCUGCAAACUUUUUGCACGGCAGAGGUAUUGAUCAGUGUAAAGUGAAGAUCACAUUUCAUAUGAGAUCUUGACUUUUGUUGUUUUUUUCUUACAAUAUAUUUUUAUAGACUUUGUUAUAAAACAUGGUGCUGGGGAAGGUGAAGAGUUUGACAAUAAGCUUUGACUGUCUCAAUGACAGCAAUGUCCCCGUCUAUUCUAGUGGGGAUACAGUCUCAGGAAGGGUCAAUUUAGAAGUUACUGGGGAAAUUAGAGUAAAAUCUCUUAAAAUUCAUGCAAGAGGACAUGCAAAAGUACGCUGGACAGAAUCUAGAAAUGCUGGAUCCAACACUGCCUAUACACAGAAUUACACUGAAGAAGUAGAAUAUUUCAACCAUAAAGACAUCUUAAUUGGGCACGAAAGAGAUGAUGACAAUUCUGAAGAAGGCCUCAACACUAUUCAUUCAGGAAGGCAUGAAUAUGCAUUCAGCUUUGAGCUUCCACAGACACCACUUGCUACCUCAUUCGAAGGCAGACAUGGCAGUGUGCGCUAUUGGGUGAAAGCCGAAUUGCACAGGCCUUGGCUUUUACCAGUAAAAUUAAAGAAGGAAUUUACAGUCUUUGAACAUAUAGAUAUCAACACUCCUUCAUUACUGUCACCCCAAGCAGGCACAAAAGAAAAGACUCUCUGUUGUUGGUUUUGUACCUCAGGCCCAAUAUCCUUAAGUGCCAAAAUUGAAAGGAAGGGCUACACCCCAGGUGAAUCAAUUCAGAUCUUUGCUGAGAUUGAAAACUGCUCUUCCCGUAUGGUGGUGCCAAAGGCAGCCAUUUAUCAAACCCAGGCAUUCUAUGCCAAAGGAAAAAUGAAGGAAGUAAAACAGCUUGUUGCCAACUUGCGUGGGGAAUCCCUGUCAUCUGGGAAAACAGAAACCUGGAAUGGGAAACAGUUGAAAAUUCCACCUGUUUCCCCCUCUAUCCUUGACUGUAGUAUAAUCCGUGUAGAAUACUCACUAAUGGUGUAUGUUGAUAUUCCUGGAGCAAUGGAUUUAUUCCUUAAUUUACCACUUGUCAUUGGUACUAUUCCUCUACAUCCAUUUGGCAGCAGAACGUCAAGUGUAAGCAGUCAGUGUAGCAUGAAUAUGAACUGGCUUGGUCUGCCACUGCCUGAAAGACCUGAAGCACCUCCUAGCUAUGCAGAAGUGGUCACAGAGGAGCAAAGGCAGUCCAGCCUUGUACCCAUAGCUGCUUGUGAUGAUUUUGAGAGGGCACUUCAAGGACCAUUAUUUGCAUAUAUCCAGGAGUUUCGUUUUCUGCCUCCACCUCUCUAUUCAGAGAUUGAUCCAAACCCAGAUCAGCCCACAGAUGACAGACCAUCUUGUCCCUCUCGUUGAAGGAAUCAUUCACUAGCUGACUUGAUUUGGAUUUUUAGUCGUAUCUCUGCCGUGUUGAGGAUCGAGGCGUCAUAUCAGAGAUAUACUUUCAAAGGAAGUGGUAUUGCUCUUGCCUGUAAAACGGUGAAUAAGUGAAAACAACCUGUGAUCAUGCUUUUGAAGCCUACAACAUCAUAGGACUGCUCCACAUGCUUGAAGACCUGAGCUUUUUUCCCUUAAAUACUGGCACAUACUAGGAGCAGCCUUAUUAGCCUAUGGUAAUAUGUGUCAAAACACUCACCAUGUUGUAAAAGAGGGAUGAGGACAUCCUCUUCUGAUUUGAAAAUUUGCACAUGCGCAUUGCUUAUGUUGUGCGGUUCAGUGUCACUACAGCUUUUUCUCAUUUAUGCUGGACUGUUACCCCUUCUAACUUGUUUGUGGUCCGCACAACAAGGAGCAAAAAGAAAGCUUUGAAAAAACAGUAACUUUAAGAUGACAAAUGCACUGACUUUUUUCUUUUAAUUUAAUGUAGCCUGGACUUUACCUACGUAUGCACAUGCUCAGAAUUGUCCUAGUAGACUGAUCAUGUAUCACCUCUUCAGCUGUGGAUUUAUUUACAAACAUCAAAUGCCUUCAAGCCAAUCCUUCUUGCUGUAUGUUUUGCAGCCUACUGUAGUAGACACGCAACAGUUAUAUGGAAAAAAAUUAACAGGAGAAUAAUAGACUUCUGCAAGAUUGUAUACCUUCUUGAUUUCUUUUAAGAAUUUGUUGCCUUUCUACUAUUAUCGCAAAGAAGCAUUUUGUUACAGACUGCCUAAAAUCACUUAAUCUCAGGUGAACUCAUCACUUGCCAAACCGUUGGAAAGCUAUGUGUGUUUUGUUAUGUUGCACUGUUACUUUUUCUUUUGUUUUUUUUUCCUUUGGUUUUUAUUUGAAAGGGGGAUUUAGAAAAGGGACAUACCCAUAAGUAACAAAUGCACCCUCGUUCCCUUUUUAUCUUUUUGCAUCUUCAGAAGAGAUCGGUCAAGUUUUGAAGCUUAAAAGAAGGCAGCACCAGCAGACACCAGCCAAGGGUUUUAAACAAGAAAUAGUAAUGUACUGUUCAUGAUUAAUCGUGAGGUGGAAAGGGAAAUUGAAUUUAUUUUUAUACAUAGUUACUUAAUCACCAAAUCUAUACAUACAUAGUGAGUUUCUAGUCUAAAAGUAUAUUUUAAAGUGCAAGAAGAGUAUAGGGUUGGUGAGAUGGCUGUUUGUGUACUUUGUGUUGAUCUUCAGCAUUUACAAAAUUGUAAAACAAUAAAAGAUUCUCAGAAAAAUGAAAUGGCCAGAAUAGCAAAAUUACCAGCCCUAUUAGAAUAUUAGCUAGCAGAGAUUUGUCUUGAUGAUUGAUUCCCUUUCAUGCCCUUGAAUUAAAAGCAUGUAUCCAAGCAAAAAGAUUGUAACUGUACAGCCACAUAUGUAGAAAACUUCAACUACUUGAAGAUUGGGGGCUUCCACCCUGCACAUUGUGGAAGGGGUAAACUGUCAGAGUAUUUGGGACAGGUGCACAGGGGCAGAGAACCAUUGGAUCCAUUAGCACAAGUAUCAGGAUGUAGGCACUAGGAAUUUUAUAGGUUCAUUUGCAAAAGCUGUUCAUGUAUAAACUUUUUUCAGAAAGAAUUCAAGCACGAUUUUUAACAAAAAUAGUGUUUCUUGGGUUGGCUAUUUAACAUUCAUGUCUAUUCUGUCAUUUAAUGCCAUGUGUUAAAGUGGUUGAAAAUAAAAGUUAAGUCUCUGGCAUGGUGGAAUGCCGGAAUGCUGUCUUGCUUUUAAGGCUUCAUAAAAAACAAAAUAGGCUUUUCCAUAAGUGGCCUUUAUGAAAACAUGGAAGACACUUCAUGUUUAAAAAUGACAGGGUGAAAAAAACCCAAUGUAAAUACGAGUCGCGUUUUAAGUGAUUCAGUUAAAGGGUUUGGGCUUCAGCAAGCAAACUAAUAUGCUGGAUAAUAAGGAAGCUGGGUGAAUUUUUUUUUUUUUAAUUUUACUAGACCAUUUUUUUUUUUUGAAUGUCCCUCCCCCACAAAAAGGAAAAAAAACUGAUGGGUUUGUUGGCAUAAAAGGGCAUUUGGUGGUUUUUUCCUUUUCCUUUUUUGUUUGUUUGAAACAGACUAGGGAACAAUUGUUGGAUAUGCAUAGCAUUAAAUACUUAUCACAAUAUAAUGAAAAAUGACAUAUGAAGCGGGAUUGACCAAUAUCAUCAUAAUUGGCACUGCAUCACAAAGUGUGAUCAGAUUCAGAGUUCUAAAAACGUUGUCAAAUAGUCAUUUCCAUUAAAGUAUUUUACACAAUUCUUUAGAGGCAUUAUUUUUUUUCUUGUUAUAUAAAUAUUGGUCAAUUCCUGAUGUUAUAAAACGUGAGCAUCACAGUUGUUAGCCCAGUAUUCAAGCUAGAUUCCUGAUUUUUGAAUCAGGAAAAAAAUGAGUAAAAUCCAAAAUGUUAAGAGAAACUAAGUGCAAUAUUAAAUGUUUGCUUUAUGGAUUAUAUUCUAUGGCUGUUUGUAUUUUUUUUUCCUUUCUCCUCCCCUCCCCCCCCAGUUUGGUGCUGAAUAUGUCCUUGUAGACUGAUUUCAGAAAAAGUGGAAAACAAUUUCCUAUUGCUCUUCCUUGUGAAAAAUAAACUUUUUUUUUUAA